AUGAAUAUCACCGAAUGCUCCAGUUAUGUCUAUCUAGAUCGGAAAAUCAACAUGCUGAAUGAAUUCGCUCUAGGGUGGAGCAGAAGCGAACGAGCGGUUUGGGAAGCUUUCAAGGGCAUCGAGGAUGUAGUGAAGAGAACAAAGAACACCCCACUCGGUGCCCACCUUUUCGACUCGACGGUACUUUUUGCCCUAACGUACGAGUCGCGUCAGAAACCUGGUCGCUGCGUAAGCAGGAUGAAAGGUCACUCAGUGUUAUUGAACGCGCAGCAGAAGGGACGAUGUUAG